AUGGAGUACGCUCACCGCAGAUUGCUCCUUGUGUGCUCAUUUCUUAUAAUGUGCCUCUGCAGAGGCACGAGGGGCGAUGAUUUAACAAGUGAUUUCUACGAUGACACGUGCCCCGGCGUGUACGCCAUUGUACAACAGCAUGUAUUUGCUGCCAUGAGGGAUGAGCUGAGGAUGGGGGCCUCCUUGCUCAGGCUCCAUUUCCAUGACUGCUUUGUCAAUGGGUGUGAUGGUUCGAUCUUGCUGGAUGGUGAGGACGGUGAGAAAUUUGCGCAGCCCAACCAGAACUCUGUUAGAGGGUACGAGGUCAUUGAUGCGAUAAAGGCCGACCUCGAGAGCAUGUGCCCCGGGGUGGUGUCCUGUUCCGACGUUGUAGCCCUUGCAGCUGGCUAUGGAGUACUCUUUAGUGGAGGGCCUUACUACGAUGUUCUUCUGGGGAGGAGGGACGGUCUGGUGGCGAACCAGGCAGGAGCUGACAACGGCCUUCCCUCGCCGUUCGAACCGAUCAGCUCGAUCGUACAGAAGUUUGCCGAUGUUGGCUUAGACACGACAGAUGUCGUGGUCCUGUCAGGUGCCCACACGAUCGGGCGAGCCCGGUGCGUGCUGUUCAGCAACCGCCUGACGUCCACCACCUCCUCGGCUGACCCGACGCUAGACUCCACCAUGGCCGCUGUCCUGCAGAGCCUCUGCGCCGGCGGGGACGGUAACCAGACCACUGCCCUCGACGCCAACUCCGCCGACGCGUUCGACAAGCACUACUUCCAGAACCUGCUGACCAAGAGGGGCCUCCUAUCCUCCGACCAGGGCCUCUUCUCCGGCGACGAGGACAUCGUGGCUAGCACCACCAUGGCGCUUGUGCAGAAGUAUAGCGACGACGGCGAGCAGUUCUUCGCGGACUUCGGCGCCUCCAUGGUGAAGAUGGGGAGCAUCAGCCCCUUGACGGGGGACGAGGGAGAGAUCCGCUGCAACUGCAGGGUUGCCAAUUGAGAAACAGCGAGUAGAGUCAAUCAUCGGAUGCUAAAUGAA